AACGCAGACGCAAGAUUCUAAAGAAGAUGUCGUUCUGCUCAUUUCUAUCGACACCACAAUCCCUCUCUCUUAUCUCCAAAUUCAAAACUGUCAACGGCGACCACAAACCCGUCACCGUCUCCUUGAGUUCUCGCAUAAGGGCUUCCGCAGAUGUCCCCGAUUUCCUCUCCGCCGAUUGGCUUGAAUCUCGCAAGAAGAGACCUUUUGGCCCAAGACUAAAUUUCAGUGCAGAAGAAGCCAUUCAGUGCCAGCUCGAUGCAUUGAAGUAUAACGAUCAACCCCGUCAAGAUUAUGGUAUCGAGGUCAUGUACCGGUUUGCUGGAUUUGAUCCUUUUGAAAGAUCCACAUAUUUUGGACCCUUCUUUGAUUUAGGGCAGUUUGAGCGGUUUAGGAGGAUUUUUCACCAUUCAACCUACCGGGUGCUGCUUAGUCACCGGGAGAGAAAAAUUCUGAGUAGUUUGUUUGCGAAGGAGAACCGAUUUAAGCAGCGGGUUUGGAUACAAGGCAAUCGCCCCGAGGAAGAAGAGAUAUUUGAAUUUACUAUGGUUCAGAGGGUUGGUGGUUCGUGGGAUGGUUAUUGGCUUACAGAAAGUCUACUUCAUGAUGGAGACGCUUUUGCUGGUGGCCUGGCAUAUUGAAUACGAGCAUAGCGACAAUGUGGCGGAUCUCUAUGAAUAAAUGGUGUUUUGCCAGGCAUUACGUCACGUGCUGGUUUGCGACUUCAGAAUUGCUCAAGUGUACUGUAAUCGAAAUGUUGUCAAGUUUAUGAAAAUAUUACUGGCUUACUGCAUAGGUUUGUAUAUAUAACCUGUAUAUAUAUUUAUAUAUUUAUAAAUCAUGGUAAAGGUUAGAUCUUCUUGCCUCAAG